GAUCAUCUGAAGGCAGCAUUGUAUCUCCGCCCGCCACGUCAGGCGUGACGUACCAAGAGGCGGUGUCCGGGUUUGUGAGGCGUUCGGACCCGGACAAGAAAGCCUCAAUUGUGGCGUAAAACGUUCGACUUAGGAGUGACACUCCCACUAGCAAAGCCAUUACUGAUCAUGGACCCGAACGCCAGCGGACUCCUCCGGAGGCUGACUGAGGCCGGCCAGUCUCACCUGAUCCGCUUCUGGGACAAACUAAGCCCUGAUGAGCGUGCCUCCUUAAACCAGGAGUUGCAAGGGAUCGACUUCCAGGAGAUCAACGUCUUCUUCAAGAGAGCCAUGGAGUCAUCCGGAUCCAGCAGCAAGAACGAGAAGAUGGAUGCCCGCAUGGAGCCGGUGACCCAGGAUGUGCUUGGGAGUGUGACGAGGGACAGGGGAAGUGUUAAACGCUGGGAGGAAAAAGGCCUGGAAUGCAUCUCCCAGGGUAAAGUGGCCGUUCUACUACUGGCCGGCGGUCAGGGAACCAGACUCGGGGUCUCCUACCCCAAAGGGAUGUACGACGUGGGGCUUCCGUCCCACAAGACCCUCUUCCAAAUCCAGGCCGAGCGUAUUUUGAAGCUGCAGCGGCUGAGUGAGGAAAAGCACAAGAAAAAGUGCAACGUUCCUUGGUACAUCAUGACCAGCGGCAGGACCAUGGAAUCCACCAAAGACUUCUUCUCACGCCUUAACUACUUUGGCUUGGACAAGAGCAGCGUCAUCUUUUUCCAGCAGGGCAUGCUCCCAGCCAUGGACUACGACGGCAAGAUGAUCCUGGAGAGUACAUGCAAGGUGUCCAUGGCCCCUGAUGGAAAUGGGGGUCUGUACAGAGCCUUGGGCAACCAGGGCAUCUUGGAUGACAUGCAGCGGAGGGGGGUUGAGUACAUACAUGUGUACUGUGUGGAUAACAUCCUGGUCAAAGUGGCUGACCCAGCAUUUUUGGGUUUCUGUGUGGAGAAGGAUGCUGACUGUGGCGCUAAGGUGGUAGAGAAAAGCAACCCGACGGAGGCCGUCGGCGUAGUCUGCAAGGCCGACGGGCAUUACCAAGUGGUGGAGUACAGCGAGAUCACCCUGGCGACGGCCGAGAAGCGCAGCGCCGACGGCCGCCUCAUGUUCAACGCGGCCAACGUGUGUAAUCACUUCUUUAGCUUCGCCUUCCUCAAAGAUAUUGUCGAGAAGUAUGAACCAAAGCUUCAGCACCACGUGGCCCAGAAGAAGAUCCCGUUUGUGGACGACCAGGGUCAGCUCGUCAGUCCUGACAAACCCAAUGGAAUUAAAAUGGAAAAAUUUGUCUUUGACAUCUUCCAGUUUGCCAAGACGUUUGUGGUGUACGAGGUGCUGAGGGAAGACGAGUUCUCCCCGCUGAAGAACGCCGAUCGCCAGGACGGGAAGGACACGCCCACCACCGCCAGACACGCCCUCAUGUCCCUCCACCACCGCUGGGUGCUGAACGCCGGCGGCCACUUCAUUGACGAGAAUGGCACGCGUGUGCCCGCCAUACCCAGAGCUGGAGCAGCAGACCCUGUCACAGAUGAUGGCAUCAGAAACCUAAAGGACGGAACGGACCUGCCAAUCAAAUGUGAAAUCUCUCCGCUGGUGUCCUACGGGGGGGAGGGUCUGGAAGCGCUGGUGAAGGGUCGAGAUUUCCACCCCACGCUCAUCAUCGACGAAAGCGGCGUCCACCAGCUGGUCAAGAACGGCGUUUAGGUGGGACCAAUCCAAAGACACCAACCCUUUUUAGUUCCUCUAUGAGAAGCUGUGAUGUCAUCACUGUGCAACAACAAGCAUCAAUGUGCAUGUCCACCAAGAAACUUGAUGAACAAACCAAGGAGAUGAUGUAUGACGACAGUUCUUCCGGGAGGAGCGCUUGUGGGUUUGGUGCAUCUAUUUAUUUUGAUGAUGAAACUUAUUUUUCUAUAUUCUACAUAUCUGCUCAAGUUUAAAUCAUGAUUUUUAUAACUCACGGGAACUGGAAUGAUCUGGUUUGUGAAUCAUAUACAGGGCAGGAUGUGGGAGUUUUUCUUCUAAUUAUCGAUGAUGGAACUUGACUCAGCUCAAAGUCAUGCAUAUUAAAGAAGAAGGAAAAAACAGUA